GUGGAGUCCCGCCUAGGCGCGCUGUGUCUUGUGGGUGGCAGCGCGCUGACUGGGUUGUGGCGUGUCGCGCAAUGCUGCGGCCGAGGGGUCUGGAGCUGACGGAGAGACACUUGAAUUAGCUUUAGCAGAAGAGAAAUGGAGGAGCCAUAGAACAUUAAGGAUGAAUUCAGGAAGACCCGAGACCAUGGAGAACCUGCCUGCUCUCUACACUAUUUUCCAAGGAGAGGUUGCUAUGGUGACAGACUAUGGAGCCUUUAUCAAAAUCCCAGGCUGUCGGAAGCAAGGUCUGGUCCAUCGAACUCACAUGUCGUCCUGUCGUGUGGAUAAGCCCUCUGAGAUUGUCGAUGUCGGAGACAAGGUGUGGGUGAAGCUUAUUGGCCGAGAGAUGAAAAAUGAUAGGAUAAAAGUAUCCCUCUCUAUGAAAGUUGUGAACCAAGGGACUGGGAAAGACCUCGACCCCAACAACGUUAUCAUUGAGCAGGAAGAGAGGCGGAGGCGGUCCUUCCAGGAUUACACCGGGCAGAAGAUCACCCUUGAGGCUGUCCUGAACACUACCUGCAAGAAGUGUGGCUGCAAAGGCCACUUUGCGAAGGAUUGUUUCAUGCAGCCAGGUGGGACCAAAUACUCUCUGAUACCUGAUAAGGAAGAGGCGGAGGAAGAGGCAGAGUCGGCGGAGCUGGAGAAGCCUGACCCCACAAGGAACUCUUCCAGAAAAAGAAAGAAGAAAGUACGCAUCUGCGCUGAGCAGUGGCUCAGAGAGCCUGUCUCACUGGGUUCUGUCUCCUGUCGACUACUUACAGCAGAACAAUUUGUAAAACAGACGUUAUUGUGGAAAAGAAGAAAAAGAAACAUAGAGACAGGAAAUCAUCUGAUUCUGACAGCUCAGACUCUGAGAGUGAUACAGGCAAGAAGGCAAGACACACAUCAAAAGACAGCAAGGCAGCAAAGAAGAAGAAAAAGAAGAAGAAGCAUAAGAAGAAGCACAAGGCGGUCCUAUUACCCUCUCCAGCUGCCACUGCCAAAGCCAGAUUCCUGCACAGGAGUCCAGGCGGGAGCCACAGGGUCUGCUGUGGAGGUCUUGGCCUUGCUCUGCGGCUCUGUGCUGCACCCCAGAAGUCCGUCCCCACGAGCAGCCCGAGCCUUGGGUUGUAGCUGGUCAUGGGCCCUUAGCCCCAUCCUACCACUAGGCUCACUGACAGCGAUCAAAGCCUGGUUACACACCACUGCAGGGCCAGGUCAGAGGCCGGCUGGUGAGAAAGAGGGCAUCCUCCAGCGACAAUCCUUCUCCCUAACCCAACAUGGAGGGGCAGGGGUUGUUGCUAACUGUGCAGGCCCCAUCUCACCCCCUCCUCACAUCCCACUCCCCGUGCUUCCCCACUCUUCCUCCCCCUCCUCUUGGGGAUUCCCGACUGCUCUGAGCCACAGCACACUCCCUAUCAGCCCCAUUCCCUUUCUGUGUUCCAUCUCCAAUUCCUAAACCACCCAUGCACCU